AUUGGACUGAACGCGUUGCACUUGGCGUCGAAAGAGGGCCAUGUAGACAUCGUGAAGGAACUGCUGAAGCGUGGUGCAAAUGUGAACACGGCGACGAAAAAGGGCAAUACUGCCCUGCACAUCGCAUCUUUGGGGGGCCAGCUGGAGGUCGUCAAGUUGCUCAUCCAGUAUGGGGCAGCUGUUAACAUGCAAUCGCAAAAUGGCUUCACCCCACUUUACAUGGCAGCGCAAGAGAAUCACGACCAAGUGGUGCGAUUUCUGCUCGCAUCGGGUGCCAAUCAAAGCAUCGGCACGGAGGUACGUUUCCUCGCGUCUCUAUUGAUCGCGAAGGCAUUUUUCCUGACCGGGCAUCUGUCGAGAAUUCUUGAUACCGGACUGGAAAGGAUCUCCUUCGCUACGGACGAGAGCAUGUUUAUUUGA